ACAACUGCGGAAGUGGGUGAGCAGAGCCGCUCGAGCAUCCGCGCAACUGAUAGAGGACUGCUCUGUUUAAUAACAUUUCAGUUUCGGAUAAACUUCCAUCAAGAUGUCAGGUUUCGACAGUAACCCGUUUGAAAACCCAGUAGACGUCAAUCCUUUUCAGGAUCCCUCUGUCACACAGGUGACCCAUUCUGAAGUGGAUCCUAUAGAGCAGUACCAACCUUUUCCUGCCAAUGAUUCUGGAGCUCUGACAGGCACCACUAUCCCAGCCUCUACAGUCCCGUCCCAGCCUGCCGUGCUGCAGCCGUCUGUGGAGCCGAGCCCUCAGGCAACCGCAGCCGCAGGACAGGCCAAUCUGCUGAGACAGCAGGAGGAGCUGGAGAGGAAAGCAGCUGAGCUUGAGCGCAGAGAACAGGAGCUGCAGAGCAGAGAGAGAGUUACAGGCAAAGAGAACAACUGGCCUCCAUUGCCCAAAGCGUUUCCUAUAAAGCCAUGCUUCUACCAGGACUUCUCGGAGGACAUUCCCGAGCAGCACAGACGGCUCUGCAAAAUGAUGUAUUACCUGUGGAUGCUGUAUUCUGUGACACUGUUUUUAAACGUCCUGGCGUGUCUGGCGUACUUCACCGCUAAAGCUGAUUACGGAGUGGAUUUUGGCCUCUCCAUUCUGUGGUUCAUCCUCUUCACCCCCUGCUCGUUCCUCUGCUGGUAUCGGCCCGUCUACAAGGCCUUCAAGACUGACAGCUCCUUCAGUUUCUUUUCCUUCUUCUUUAUCUUCUUUGUCCAAAUUGCAGUGCUGAUUAUUCAGUGUGUUGGUAUACCCCGAUGGGGCAACAGCGGUUGGAUUUCAGCUCUCACCGAGAUCAGCGGCCACCUGGCUGUGAGCGCAGUGAUGUUGGUGGUUGCAGCUUUCUUCACCAUGUGCGCUGUGCUGUCAGUCAUCCUUCUUAAAAUGGUUCACUCUCAUUACCGGCGCACCGGUGCGAGCUUCCAGAAAGCGCAGCAAGAGUUUUCUCAGGGAGUUCUCACCAAUCGCACGUUCCAGACCGCAGCGGCAAAUGCAGCCACCUCAGCAGCCCAGAGUUCCCUCCAGAGGAACUAAAUACAGCCAAGAAAAGAGAAACCCGAUUCCCCUCAGAGCCACAGUGCCGUAGCGUACGCCUGCGCAGGCUGUGCAGCUCCCCCACAACGCUUUGGCCUUCGGACUGCAGAGACGACACUUUGGGAGUCCACAUACAUGAAGAUGAGGGAGGGGAUGAAGUUACAGCACCCAGUAACGUGUCUGUAUAUUUGUAUGUGUAUUGUGACUUUUUUUUUUUUUUUGCUGUAAACUAAAUUAAAGUUUAGCCACAUCGGUGAAGGUACAACAGAAUCAGCAGUGUGUCUGUAUCACAGAAUUACAGUGAACAAAAUGGACUUUUCUCCGAAGUGAUGUCUGCUUUAACUGGAUUCUUUUGCUUGCAUUUGGCUAAUAAAUCGUUGUGCUUGGAGCUUUUUUUUGUAACAUCUCCAAACAGUGGCCUUACCGUGCCUUGCAAUGUCAGCCUUAUUGUAUUCAUUCAUUUAAUACAUUACUGUUAAAGUGCCAUUUAAUUCUUGGGAAAAAUGCCAAAAAAAUGAAGGGGAACUGCUGUUUAUUCUAGUGUCAAACCUACAAAUGAAUGCCUUUUUCUGAAACAGCACUAAAGCCUGGAAUUGUAAAGUUUAAUGUAGUGAGUUGAUCAGAUAACCAGGGCUAAAAUGUAAAACAGUUCUGGCAGUUCCUCAGCUAAUUUUUUGAAGACCGCUCCCUUUUAUACGAUGAAGGAUAAAUAUCCAAAUGUUGGUGUCUGAUCUCUGCCUUGGCUGUAAAUAUAUCAAAAGAUUAAAUAUUAUCAAUGUUGA